CUGGUCGCGGUGGCCGCGGUGCUGGUAAUGUCGGCGUCUGCGCAGUCCGGGUGCACGUUGGCGCUGAUCGGCCUCUACCCGUGCAUGAACUACAUCAGUGGCAACGAGACGGCGCCGGCCAAGUCAUGCUGCUCGCAGCUCAGCUCCGUAGUGCAGUCCCAGCCAGAGUGCCUCUGCAGCGCACUCGGUGGCGACUCAGUCGGCGGCAUGACCAUCAACAAGACGCGCGCGCUCGAGUUGCCCAAGGCGUGCAACGUGCAGACCCCGCCGGUGAGCAAGUGCAACGGCGCUGGUGGUGCCAGUGCUCCGGUCGCCGACGCGCCAACCACGCCGGAGUUGCAAACACCUGCGGCUGCCGACACAGGGUCGAAGGCGACGCCAUCAGGGUACCUGCAGCAGAAUGGUGUCUCGUCGCUCCAUGGCCCAGCGGGUCUGGUGUUCGCGCUCGCGGCCGCUGCGUUCUACACCGUGUUCACCGUGUGAGCGUCUCGGUCACUGGACUGAAGUGCUGGUUUAGCAUUGGCGCUCUUGAAAUGCGUUUAUUUUUUACUGCUAGUACUACUCCUACUGGCUUAACAUUGGUGAGGAUUAUAAGUCAGAGAAUUGUGUUUCGUAUAUGUACUAUCGUUGGAUUC